AUGAAGCGUAACCUUGAGGAGGCCUACGAACAGCAUCUCGAGUACCUCCUUAAAGGGUCCAAAACCAGGUUCGUGCAGCCCUGGGACAGGUCCCAGAUUCUCAACCCACCAAGCAUCCUGCCAGGCCUCCCUCCCUACCAACGGUGGGGCGUCGGGCUCUCGAGUGCACCCUUGGGGUCUUCUGCUCCCCUCCCCACAACACCUCCUGUGCCGGCCCCUGCGCCCAGUAUUCCGUUUGCAAAGUCCAAAGGGACCCCUUGGCAUGCUAAGCAGACAGAAAGCAGAUCCGCUGCCAUUGCCAAAUGGAGUGGCAUAAUGCUGGCACACGGCGAGCACUUCGGGGUCGUGGAGAAGAUUGCGGUGGAUGCAUCCGGUGGUGAACCUCAGCAGUUGUCUUCGGUUCUACUUGACAUUUUUGCUUUGAAGGCGAGCGCCACCCUGCAUGGCCGAGCGGGGCCAAUUCUCAGGUACUUGAAGUUCUGUAAAAGGGAAGGCCAGCCGCCUUUCCCAUUCAGGGAGGACCUUUUGUACCGCUUCGUCAAGGAGUACUGCGCCAGGCAAGCCCCUACUUUCGCUCGCAGCUUCCUGAGUUCGGUGGCUUUUUGUCGGCAUGUCCUUGAAUGUAAGUUUGAAGAUGUGUUUUCGACCCGCUUGACUGGUGCUUGCAACGCUCUGUACUUGAACAAGAGAAAGCAGGUUCAGAAGCCGCCGCUCAAGGUCUCACACGUCAAGGCCUUGGAAAGGAUCGUCACCGGCUGGGGUGACUUCAGUGGGUCGGACAGAUAUGCUGCCGGAUGUUUCCUGUACGCCACCUAUGCUCGUGCGCGGUUCUCCGACAUGCAAAACAGUGGCGCUAUCACCAAGGAUGUUACCAAUCUGCCCGAUGGUGGAGUCAGGGGCUUCCUUGAAGCUUCUGUGUGUCGAACGAAGACGGCUUACACCCUCGAGCGGAAGACGCGUUACCUUUCCAUGUGCGCCCCGGUUCAGGGCCUUCUCGAUGAGUCGUGGGCGAUUGCGUGGUUGGACAUCGCCGAGCUUUACGGCCCAGGCUGGUCUGAGGACUCGCCCCUCUUGCCCGCCCCCAUGGACGGGGGGGGUUGGGCCUCAUCGCCGAUUGCCGUUGGGAUGGGAGCCAAGUGGUUGAGGAGCUUGCUGUAUAAGGCUGGGGAGGACGUUGCUACAGUCAAGCUUCUUGGCACGCAUUCCAUGAAGGCCACUGGCCUCAGCUGGGCUGCAAAAUGGGGGGCCAGCAAGGAAAUUCGCUUGAUUCUGGGGUACCACAGUGCCUCUCGGGCGGACAGCGACGUCGUGUACGGCAGAGACAACGUCGCCCCGGCACUAAGGCAGUUCGAUCAGAUUCUGGAGGACAUUUCCUUCGACAAGUUCAGACCCGACUCCACAAGGUCAGGGAUGUUCACACCGGAGCGCCCGGCUGCACCCGAGGCCCCCCCGGAUGACGUCUCGGAGUCAACAGAAGGCAGUGAAGACGAGGAGCAUCCAGACUUGGAAGAAGAGGAGCAGGCCGUCGACGAGCUUGUUGGUCCGUGGCAACCCGAGCCUGGCUUGAGGGAACGGCUGGAUGAGGCAGAGGUUUUUCGUCAUCGAGUCAGUCGCUUCAUCCAUGUUGUUUCGUCGGAGGAGGGCACUAUGUUCCGUUGCGGCCGAGCGAUCACCUCGGACCAGUGUGAUGGAUCGCAGACUUGGGGCGCCUUUUGGGUGAUGCCAGGGCUUGCGAACCACCCCUGGCAGGAGGAGAGGGCCUGGGGCGUCAUUGACGAUGCCAGGCUCGUGCUCAGGGGCGCAAAGGCGAUGCCGAGUGCAGCUAGGAGGAUGGCCGCUUCUUACUCGGACAGCCAGAGUGUCUUCAAUGCGAGGGUAGAUGCCAGCGGACUCACAAAGGAGGAUGCCACGAAAAUCAAAGCCGCGGUGUCUUCACUGAGACAGCUGGCGUUCAUCUCCAGCUUCACCCCAGGUCAAGCCGAUGAAUCCCCGUUGAUGGCCGCACUGAAGCUCAUGCUUGGGAGGGAUGCGGAACUUGGUGUCCAGGCCAGCUUCCGAGCCCUGUACCACGAGUCCUACGCCGUUGUCACUUCUGAGCUGCGCCAAAAGAUCGAGAAGUCUGAAGAGCCAGCAAGCAGGCGCUUGACACAACCCGAGCGAGCCGAGAGGUUCGAGAAGCAGAAAAAGAAGCUCGUUGGAGUCUCCAUCAAGGGCUUGAGCGAGCCUAGCGAGGCCUUGGUAGACAGGGCCGUGGCUUGCUAUGAAAACAACGAACUGCGCUAUCUGUCUUGGGAAAUAUGUACUUCAAGGGAGCAAGAAGUGGGCUCAGACCGACGCCGUGACACCCGCUUCACCGUCGACGAGCACACUGGGCGUCUGAAGGUUGAAAACAAGGAUGCGGAGCAGAAAGCGGUCACAUCUUCCGAGGUUCAUGUCAUGCAGGCGUUGCAGCGUCGCUCCCUUGCCAUGGACCAAGCCAACCUUGUCGAGUACGCGACCAUGCAACAGUGGAGUGAUCGUUUGAUGCGUGCACGCAUGCAAGAAGCCCCGGCUGGGUAUGUUCGGCCAACCUGGGCCCAACUCGUGGCUGCAGACAAGAAGCUCUUCAGCGAGUUGCGGGACUUGACCCGUGACGGAGUGCAAUCCUCUGGUGGAGCCAGGCCCUUGGACACGCACCUCCCAACUGUCAUGAAUUCUUUCGAUGUCGUGUGCUUGAUGCAGCCGCUUCCUUCUGCUUCUUCUCGAUCCCUUGAUGAAGGGAAGGAGUUGGAGCGACCCGAGCGCCCCGGUCCCUACGGCCCCCGCAAGCCUCGCAAUCCCAAGGGCCAGGGCAAGGGCAAAGGAAAGUCCAAAGCUCCCGGGAUGCCAGCGCAAAUGGUGGCGUGGGGGUGCGUGUCUGCCACGAAGAAAGGAAAUCCGUACUGCUACGGAUUCCAGCUCGGCACGUGUGCCAAUGAGGUCAAGAACAAUGCGUGCCAGAGGGGCCUCCACGCAUGCGCCAUCCCGAAGUGUGGGCAGCAUGGCCACGGCGCUUCUGCUUGCCCGAAGCGGAGCAAGGAUGCCGCUGAGCAACCUUGCAGCAAUCUCAAGAUUUCUUCUGGAUCGGAUGCAGUUUGGCAACCGACCCCCGGUGCAGCGAAUGCCGAAGUGCAAUCACUGCCGCGUGACAGUCCGAAGCUUUCUGGUGGAUCGGAUGCUAGCCGGCAACCGAACCUCCAGGCCCUGCGGAUCGCUCCCGCCCCUGAGGGCGAGGCGACCCCAAGUCAAUCUUCUUCUAGUCCCAAAUCUGCCACCCUUUUGCAUGCCAUUGAGACCUUCGAUUCACUCCCCGAUGUUGCCGUUUCACGCACUCCCCAUGCCAUAAGGGAUAAGGUUCAGAAGUCCUUCUAUUCGGGGAUGUACCGCCGGGGCCCCCUUGUAGGCUUGCGAUCUUCGGUCACCCAAUUCCCCGAGGCUGUCAAGGUGAUCACCCGACUGAUUGCGGAGGUGGCCCCCGCUCACCAGUUCAGCAGCUUUGUUAUCCUUGAGGGAUCCGAGUUGGGAAUUCACCGCGACGCCCAGAACGCUUGCCUGCCCAACCUUGUAAUCCCCUUGACCCGCUUUGAAGGAGGCGAGCUCGCGGUCGCGGACCCCGAGGGACAUGUGGUUUCUCAUGGAGGUCAGUCAUUCCGUGCGCGUCUUUGUGAUUUGGGACGGGGUCCCAUUGCCUUCAAUGCGCAAGGGUUGCAGCAUGCAGUGAUGCCGUUCAAGGGCCGCCGCCUUGUGUUGAUUGCUUAUUGCCUCAAAAAUGUUGGAUCACUCGAUGGGGCCUCUUGUCGUGCCUUGCGCGCUUUGGGCUUCCGACUUCCAACUAAGGAGCCGCCUCCACGCACACUGCCUGCAGUUGUCACUGGUUUCCCUGACCUUAGGCCUUCGGGGUGUAGUUCCCCUAGCCCCUCGGGUCACCCCGCCAGCCCUGACACCGCAAUGCAAGAAGCCGCCGCCUCGGAAGGGCCCCCUGGGCCUUCGACUGCCAUGACCGACUCAACAGCCUUGCCGGCCGUCCGGCCGCAAAAAUUGAUGUUCCUCGAGUUGUGCUGUGGGUCCGCUGGCCUCUCCGCGGCGUUUCGAGCCCUAGGGUUUCAGGUCUUGGCUGUCGACCAUCCUGGCAACCGCCAUGUUCCUUUGGUGCAUUGUGUGCAUCUUGACUUACGCUUGGAGUCUUCGUGGGGCUACCUUCGCCGGCUUGUGCAGGCCCGGCAGGUGUUCCUCAUUCACAUUGCGCCUCCCUGUGGCACGGCCUCGCGGGCACGCGGAAUCCCGAUCAAAGGGCAGCCAUCCCCGCCUGCCCUUCGCACUGAGGCCUUCCCUGCGGGGCUGCCCGGCCUUUCUCCCUCGUGGCAGGCCAAGGUCGACUCUGCUAACUCGAUAUACCGUCACGCUGCGCGUUUCUGUGCUUGGCUGCUUGAGGAGGCACCCCACACUCACUUCUGCGUGGAGAACCCUGCUCGCUCCUACAUGUGGUUGUUGCCUGAGUUCCUUCACUUGCGUCCUCGUUGUUCCGUUGUGCCUUAUGACGCCUGCAUGCACGGGGGCGCGCGCGCUAAGCAUCAGGAGCUGUGGACCUCUCUGCCCGAGUUGUCCGCCCUUGCCCGCCAGUGCGACAACUCCCACCCUCACCGCCCGUGGGGCAUCCUUCCUUCCGGGGAUUUCUCAACUGCCGAUGAAGCCGAGUAUCCCGAGGUGUUUUGCACUAGGUAUGCUUCCGCGGCCUCGCUGGCCCUGGGUGCCUCUCAUGCUAUGCCUUCUCCGUCCGGCCUCUCGAAUGAGUCGGCCCGAUCGGCCACACACAAGCAGCCACGCACAUCUAAGGCUGUUGUCUUGAUCGAUGAGUACCAUUACCAGGUCACUGUCCCCCUUCCGUCCGGCCAGUUGCCUGCGCUUGAUGACAAGAACUGCCUGUGCGCUGCUUUGGGCCCCGUGCCUGUCGGUUCUAAGGUUCUCCGGGUUAACUUUGAAGGGGGGGUGGUUUUCCCGAAGCGCCCUCGACCCGACAGGAAUCUGGCAGAUCAGGUUUUGAUGGCUGGCCACUCUGCUGUGGCAUCAAUCACUUGUGGUGUGUACCGGGACCCCUUGCAGUUUGCCAAGCUUUCCCUUACCCUAACACACCCCUUUGACGUAGCCACAGCCCUACCUGACCAGGCCUUGACCGUUCUCGCCAGGGUGCUCCUCGAUGGUCCUUUGACUGUUGUUCGACGCAGGUUGGACCUCUACCUCACCUGGAGGAAGUGGGCUCAGGAGUUGGAGGGGCGCGAGGAACAACUGCACGCGUCCCUCCACCCUUCCGUGGCAAGCGUGGUAAGAGGUAAGAAGCUCCUCCUCCUUGAUAGGAUUGCCAAAUCCUUGGAUUGGCCCGACGAGCACUUGCACCACGACCUCACGCAUGGUUUCCGGCUUGUCGGGGAGGAAAAGCCUAGCGGUGUUUUUCCUCUGGACCCUAAACCGGCAGAACUGACUGUGGACGGCUUGAUGGAACAGGCUGAGGUCUUGAAGCCUCUCUUGUGGGAUAAGAUAGCCCAAAGCCCGGCAAAUCCUCAUGAGCAAGAGCUCUUCGACAUCACGCAUGCUGAGUCUUCGGAAAAGGGGUGGCUGGACCCAGCUCGGUCCUGGGACGAACUCGAAGACUACUUCAAGGGCUCAUGGGUCCCUGCCCGUCGAUUUGCAGUGGAGCAAAGAGGGAAGCUAAGGCCCAUCGAUGACUUGGCCGAGAAUGGGGUCAACAGUGCCUUUGCCCCUUGCGACAAGCUCACGCUCCGAGCCAUCGACGAGAUUGUUUGGACUGCAGCCUUCAUCAUGCGCGCCCUGAUUUGCAAAGCCUAUGUGCAUGUCCCACUCUCCACGGGGGAGGUGAUCUCUGGUCCGCUCCAUCCGUUCUGGGCCUCCAACACCUCGCGGGCACGUCCGCUUGUGAAAACGGUGGAUCUUAAAUCCGCCUACAAGCAGCUUCCCCUUCACCCGUCGGACCACCGUCUGUGUGUCGUGAGCUUGCGCAGACCGUCUGAUUCCCGUGUGGUGGGGUAUGUCUCAAAGGUGUUACCUUUCGGCGCUUCCGCCAGCGUCACGGCAUUCAACAGGGUGGCCCGACUGCUCCAGAGAAUCCUGCAGGAAGCCUGGGUAAUGACAAGCAAUUACUUCGAUGAUUAUCCCCUGCUGGAGUUGUCAGCACUUGCCGGGAGUUGUGAGAAGACCGUGCACAACAUCCUUUCCCUUCUCGGCUUUACCCGAGCCGCUGACAAGGAGGAAGGCUUCGCUCCUUCUGCAAACCUCUUGGGUGUCACCCUAGACCUGUCUGACCCCACCCUUAAGCAUGUCAGAGUUGCAAAUCGCGAGGACAAGUGCACCGAGAUGUCCGCCUCCAUCGACCAGGUGCUUGACAAGGGUUUUCUUAAGGCCUCCGAGGUCGCAUCUUUGUUCGGACGCAUUCAGUUCAUGGAAGGCCAGCUGUUGGGGAGGUUGGGGCGUUUAGCCCUCAUGGAGCUUAGGUCCCUGUGCUCUUCAAAUGGGGAGUUGCGUCUUGGCAAGUUUGAGUGCGAUGCCUUCCAAAACCUUAAGCAGCGCUUGGUUUCGGGCCCCCCUCGGGCAAUCCCCACGGCGAUACCGAGAGGGUGUGCUUGCGUCUUCACCGAUGGGGCCUGCGAGUUUGAAGACGGUCAUCCUGUCUGCACCAUAGGCGGCAUCCUUUACCACCACCAUGAGGGAAGUUGGAACACCCGCUUCUUCGCGUGCAGGAUGCCCGCCGCUCUUGUUCAAAAGUGGAGCAAUGCCGGCAAGCGCCAUUUGAUUGGACCCGUUGAGUUAUUUGCAGUUGUCGUCGCCAGACGACUAUGGGGGUCUUACUUGAAUUCCUCAAGGGCCUUGUUUUUCGUGGACCACUCAGGUGUUCAUGCCGCCUGUGUGAGUGGGACCUCCAGGGACACUGUGUGGCGAUCACUUCUUGUCGAGUUUGAGCGGGCCGAUGCAGUGCCCAUGAUUGGUUGGAUAGCACGUGUACCAAGUCCUAGCAAUCCUUCGGACGCUCCCUCAAGGGGCUCGUCAAACUUUCCUUUCUGGGGCACUUGCUCUCGUGAUCACCCUUCAUGCUGCAUGUCAGGCGAACUCCUGAGCCCGCUUGAGUUGAAGAGGGAUGUCUAA